UUGCACCCCCAUGGUACAGGUUUCUCUGUCGUUCCUCCUACCUGCACUCCUGAACCCAUGAAUAUCCGGAGAGGGAAGCAGCCUGCCUGUGCAAGGGGCUGAGACGUGCAAAUUCUGAAGUGAAAGCUGGGGACAGCUUUUCUUGGGUGGGAACAUCAGCUGUCAUUCAGGUUUUCCUUCUAGACUCCUUGGGCAAGUAACUGAGUUUGGGGGACAUCGCCAUGGACCCACUUUCAGAGUUGCAGGAUGACCUGACUCUGGAGGACACCAAUCAGUCCCUAAACCAGCUCAAACUGGCCUCCUUAGAUGAGAAGAACUGGCCAGCAGAUGAAGUGCCUGUUUUUCCCAAGUCAGAGGAUACCAAUCACUCCCCUGAAGCCAUCACUCACCUCCGCUGGGAUGAUCCAUACUAUGAUAUUGCGCGGCACCAGAUUGUGGAGGUAGCAGGUGAUGACAAGUAUGGACGGAAAGUAAUUUUGUUCAGUGCCUGCCGGAUGCCGCCCAGCCAUCAACUUGACCAUGUGAAACUGCUGCAGUAUCUUAAGUUCACACUGGACCAGUAUGUGGAGAGUGACUACACAUUGGUGUAUCUGCACCAUGGCCUCACCAGUGAGAACAAGCCGUCCCUGGGCUGGCUGCGGGAUGCUUACCGGGAAUUUGACCGCAAGUACAAGAAGAACAUCAAAGCGCUGUUCAUUGUGCACCCAACGAUGUUCAUCAAGACGCUGCUGAUUCUCUUCAAGCCUCUGAUCAGUUUCAAGUUUGGCCGGAAGAUUUUUUAUGCGAACUUCUUGAGUGAGCUGGAGGAGCACGUGAAGCUGGGGCAGCUAGGGAUCCCAAGCCAGGUGCUAAAAUAUGAUGAGUACCUGAAAUCACUGCAGAAACCUUCUCAAGUGCCCCAGAAGCCAACCCCCCCACGCCCGCCCCUGCCAAACCAGCAGUUUGGGGUGUCUCUGCAGCACCUAAGGGAGAAGAGCCCUGAUCAGUCCCCUAUCCCACUCGUGGUCAGGGAGACCAUUGCUUAUCUGCGGGAGCAUGCUCUGACAACAGAAGGGGUUUUCCGGAGAUCAGCGAACACACAGGUUGUAAAAGAGGUCCAACAAAAAUACAACAUGGGAAUAUCGGUGGAUUUCCAGCAAUAUGAGGGUGUUCACCUCUCUGCCGUGAUCCUCAAGACAUUCCUUCGGGAGCUGCCAGAGCCUCUGCUCACGUUUGGCCUCUACAACCAUGUUGUCAACUUCCAGAACACUGAGGAGUCGAAUCGCGUGGAUGUUGUUCGCAAAACCCUCCAAGCCCUGCCUGAGGAAAACUACCAAGUGCUCUGUUUGCUGAUGACCUUCUUGGCAGAGGUCUCCGCCAACUGCGACGUGAACAAGAUGACAAACACCAACCUGGCAGUGGUUUUUGGCCCCAACCUGCUGUGGGCCAAGGAUGCAGCUAUCACCCUCAAGGCCAUCAACCCCAUCAACGCCUUUACCAAGUUCCUGCUGGACAACCAGAAGGUGCUGUUCCAGGACGUGGAGGCCUAAGCUGGGGCCAGCCCACACUAGCACACUGUGCCCACCUUCCCCCUCCCUCUUCCUACCUUGUGGAGCUGUGGCCAGGAGCCUCCGGUACAGAGGGUUCAUUAGAGCUCAGGCAGUGAGCAGAGUGAGGGCUGUGGAGAUGGUGGGACUGCAAAAAAGCAGGUGACUAUUUGCCAGAGGUAGGGGAGGGGAGCUGGUCUCCCCAUUCCUGGGAGCGGAGGCUUGUCCCCCCAGCCAUUCUGUGCAGCUCUUCCCUGGCCAUGCUGCUGUACUGGGGGCUGUUCUCUCUCUCUCCUUCCCUCCAAGGGCUCCUUUCUGCCCUCCUCUCCUCCCUCCAGCAGUCCUGCUUCUGUGCAGCUCCCCAGAUCCCAGCUCAUUCCUCCUUCCUGCAUCAGCUAGGCUAGCAGAGCCAGGGAGAGCUUGGCUCGAUUGGUGGGGCAGGAUGCCAGCCCCUCCUAUCGGAAGCUGUCCUGGCUCCUUGCCCCCAGCUGGAGCAGGUCAGGUAAGCCUUGUGCUGCCUGUGUUGCUCCUGGGCUAAUAACAACCCAGUGUACAAGUGAAGGAGUAACUCGCUCUCGGGGGGUUGGGCCACUGCGCUCUGCCAGAGACUCUGUGAUUGAGGGGAGUUGGCUUAGCCCUGCCCUCUGCUGGCACUUUUACACCAGGGAGCCAGUAAUGCCUCCCCAGGGGGCACUGGCACUUACUGCCAUUACUGGUCACUUUCACCAAGAGGUGGGUGUGCGGGCCUGGGGUCUGGGGUGUUUAGCAUGUGGUAGCCCAAGACUACUCAGUUCUGGCUCUAAUGGGUCCCCUUGGCUUUGUCCUUGGCUCCUGGUGGGAACGUUUCAUUCCAGACCCGGCCUCAAUGGGUAUGUGCUACCUGGGGAUGCAGGGCCCCCUUUGUAAUGCUCUGUGGUCAGUAAGCUUGUUGGAAUCAUGCAGGGGCAAGUGCCCUGGCGGCACUUGACUCCCCGUUGCCAAAGCCCACAAUUAACACUGCCUUUCUUUGUGGCUGCAGCACAGGGACACUCCUGGGGCCCCAGCUUCUCUGCUGGCUAGCCCCGAUCCCAGCUGCUUUUUGACUUUGCGGGUGUGUGGAAAUUUAUCCAGAAAAAAUGUAAGUCAGAAUGUGGCCUGAAAGGAGGGGCCUGGGCACUGAGGUCAAACCUUAGUCAGAGCGUGCAGGGCCUGGAUUGCAGGAAUGUGUCCAGGGCUGAGCUCUCAGGUGCCAAAGCUACCAGGAGCAUUGUGCCAUACAGCAUGCCCCAAGCCCAGUACCUCCCUGCCCCAUGUGUCCCUUCCACCCUGUCAGGGGAGCUGCUUGGAUGCAGCCCUUAUGUGCAAGGCGGGUAGCGAGGGAGCUGGUUCUCUGCAGGCCAGGCUCAGGAACAAAGCAGGCAGAUCCCCUUGUGAGGCAGGUGCACUGCAGUCAGUGCCUCAGGGUUGGUUGUAGUAUGUGGGGAUCCCCUCUGCCACUUGCUAAAGUAACUGGGAGCUCACCUCUCCUGUUCUUGGCCUUCUCGAGAGAGGCUUCCAUACUGGAGCAAGACUCUCUGUUUCUAGCCUCGCUCCCUAAGAUCCAUAAUCCUUGUGUCCUGCUGUGCCAGGGGCUAGUCCUGGGCCUAGCUGCAGCCCAGCCCUGGGGAAACAUUGGGACCAAGCACAGCUCAUCUUAUAAAGUGGCAAUUUCCUGUUGGACAUUGAGCUGCUUUUAAUAAGAUUUUAACCUGCCCUAGAAGUUGACCAGAGGCUGAUACCUUGGUUUAAAAAUAUGACAAACUGCUGAUGAGCAUCAACAACAGGAAUGGGGUCUCCUCUGCCAGGCCCAGGAGCAGGGACCCAGGAUUGGCAGGAACUCUGUCCUGCAGUGCAGCCUAGGCUCAGUGCGGUCUCUCUUGCCAUUGCCAACUGCGCACGGGGUGACACCCAGACGGGUGAGAUGGGUAAGUGGAGGAGCAGAGAAUUCGGAGGAGGGUUGGAGUACUGGCAGUGCAUGGCUUGGGGUCAGCCAUCCCACAUCGGGUGCUGAGGCUCUGGGAGGCUGAAGGGCCCCGUGGGGGAGGCACCAGGCCCAGAGCUGUAUGUUCUGCUUUGUGCCAGUUGAAUUUCUGUCUGUUGGGCUGGGACACAAAUGACUUUUGCUGUGAAUGAGUCUAUAGUGAUGGUCUGAGUGGGUCACUAAGGGCUUCUAAUUGAGCUUGACUUCUGCUAGAUCCAGCAGCCUCCCGUGGAGGUUUCUUGGGAAAUCUGAAGGGACGUGGGGCUCCUACUGAGAUCAGGGGGGAGGAUAGUGUAGGAAGAGCCCUGUGCUUGUCCCCUGAGCUUUGUUAGGUUAUGCUUAGUGUUGACAAGCUCGAAGGGGGUGUGAGAUCCCAUAUCAUAGCUUCUAUCCACCCCCUCUCAAGGGGAGUAUUCCCAUCCUGCAUGUAUGUCAGAGCAAAACUAGGCUGGGAUUGCUGAUGAUAUCUGGGCCACAGCUCAUUGUUCCUUGGCCUAGAUUAAAUCUCCCCUGAGGAAAGGCAAAACAAGCUCCGUUCCUUGGGAACAAUCAGAAUCUUAAGGACAGUAGCCCAGAAUAGAAAUUCCCCCUGGCCUGGCUGCAGACUCAGCUGCUGCUCUCUGAAGUGAAUUCCUGCCCAUGUGUGCACACAGCUGGUAGUACUGAAGCCUGAGCUGGUCCGUGUUGAGAAAUCAGGGUGGGGCAGCCCAGGGGCUGGGAGGUAUUUCCAUAACCUCCCAGAAACACUAAAAAAAAUUCUAUGUAGUUAAAACUCCUGCAUUUAGGGGCUUUCCUAUUUGAAUAUAAUGGUGCCCGCUGCAAAGCCCUGUGCUAGUGGCUAACUCUGCUUCUGGGGCAGAGCUCUGCAUGGGGAAGGGAGCAGACCUGGCGAAAAGUCAGGGUGUUGGUACUGCACAUGGUGAGAAUGGGCUUCCAAGGUUUUGGGAGAAAUCCAGUGUAAAUAUUCCCAUUCCUUUAUCCACUCCCCUGCCUGAUCUACUGGCCCUGCCAAGAGGCCUGGGACAGGCAUGGCAGCUAUGGCUACUUUACUUCUCAAUUUAGUCUUCUGGAUGCCUUUUAUGAAAAUAUUACACUUGGGCUUGUGUGUGAAGCGGUGGCCUGGGCCUGACUGCAGCCCUUGGCUUCCCACACUGGAUGGCAGGUGAGUGACUGAGCCCACAUCUCUGCCAAUGAACUGGGAACUGAACUGCCUUCCCUGUCUGGCUGCCUCUGGGGCCGUACAGUCUGAGGCAGAGCUGGGAGAGAGGUAGCAUGAAGGUAGCUAGAGUGACUAGAGGAUCAACCUUGGCCCAAGAGGCCACACUAGUCCCUGCUGCCUGUAAGUGAUGGUUGGCAGCAGGUAUGGGGUUGCAUGGUUACUCUGUGUAUUUGUCUCCCAUAAAGUGUCCUUGUGGACACAGCUGCCCAAGAGCUUCUUUCCCAGCGCGGCUUCUGCAUUAAUAUUGACCACAGUGGCCCUUUCGGGGUGAAACAUUGUCUCCCCUCUGGGCCUUGCUCUGCAGUGCUCAACUCCUCUGCUUCCCUUAUUCCAGUGGUAUCUGAGCAGCCAGUGAGUAUACACUGCACAACUGGCUCUAGCAGUCAGCCCCUCUACCUGUCUUUUCUGGAGCAAGAGCCUUUGGGUGGUGCAGAUGAGGCACGGCUAAUUUGAUGCCUUAUAGUAACUUCUCUCCUGACUUGGCAGAGACCUCUGAGGGCCAAACUAGUCCCUGACUGCUCUUCCAAGCAGUGGGGCUCUAGUGCAGUUCACAGCUUUGCUUUUUGUUGGUGUUCCCUGCCUUCUCUCCAGUUGGUGUUUGGCAGGCGCAGGGCUGGGGGUUUUACUGUAACAUUAAUUCACAUCAAUUUUUAUUUCCUUCUGUGCUGCACCAAUCUUGUAUUUCACAGUUUGCACUUUUUGUAUUUCAAUAAAAAUCAAAACCCAGCCCCAGA